AUGUACAGAUGUAAUACGUAGGGACCUACCUUUGGGAAUGGUCAUGAUAUCUACAAAUCCGACGACUAACCCUAACCCUAACCCAACCAAAAUUCCUACACCAGAUGCGGUUCCACGUACACGGCUUAGCAGGGCCUGUAGCAAAAUCAAAUCGUGUACUGUAGAAAUAUUCUCAGAAAGUUGUGUUACUGGAGUACGGAUAGCUUACUUUUUUCCAUUUUAAAGAAAUGUGUAAGCUUAUUAAGUCUCUUUCGCAGCAUUUAUUUAACUUCAUCACGCAACGCAUUGCGUGACGAGCGUGAGAGGACUUGCUUGAGUUGCCGCGGGGAUUUGUGGGUGUUACAUGAAAAUGAAACUGGUAGGGCCACUUGUAAGAACGCUUGAGCUAACAAACAAAUUUAAAUUAUCCACUUUAGAUUCAAAGGCGACACCACCAAUCAAAGCUUUUCGUCCAUUUAUUUGGCCGACUGUAAUUUUUCCUUUUUUUUUCUUUUUCUCUCCUCAGGCCGUGGUUUGUCCGCCAUACUUCGAAGCCUCGAUUACAGCCAGUACUUGAAGGUCUUGUUUUCGUAUUUGGACCCAGUCCUUAUCAAUAAAGAGCGUAGCAGGUUUGUGAGGUGUUGGCACGCAAAGACUGACGGUUGGGCAGCAUCUACAUUCCUGCCCUGGACCAGCAGUGAGUAAAAAGCAAGAAAACAUCUCUUAAAUGUAGAACAGAUAACAAAUCGAUUAGUCGUGGACUUUUCUUGUAGCAGUGAGUUCAUCUUAGAGACAGAAAAUAUCACAUUAACAAUUGCGAUCCCAAAGUAGACAAACUCAUAAAUAGCCUGAUAAACACAUUUGAAACGGGUUUUUACUUAAAGUCUUGUUUCGGAUUUGAUUUUUUAUUUGAGUUUGGUUUUGAUUUGAUUUGAUCCUGACAGCUCCAUUUCGUGCCACUUCCCCAUAUAUCGCUGUAUCCGUUAUUCAUAUUGGAGAGCUGAAACAAAGGAUGUUUAAUUCAUGCUCACUUUAGAUCAUAUGUUGCCUUUGAAUAACACUUCGGACCAUAUUUCAAGUGCGUUGUGAAGCUGACACAAUACCAAAACCAGCAAUACGCAAUGUACAGACGCUCCUCUAACGGACCCACUUUUGGUGUAGGACACGAUAUCUACAUAUCACAUGACGUAAAAAACAAUCAACACUCUUAUACUGAAUGCGACCAGACGUACAAAAACCCCACGGGUUAUUUGGGUGAAUACUGUGGAUUUUUCAAUGGAAGUCGUUCUUUUUUCCAUCUGACAUUGAAGUUUUCUUCGAAAUGA